AUGGCGCCGAAUGUGCCUGAGGUCAACAGUGAGAGUAUUUAUCGAGUCUAUUGGCUCUAUUGGCGUUUACUGGCUGUGGAUUUAAAGUGGCACCCUGUAUUUCGUCUACCAUUGGAUAUCUUAAUCAAUUUCUUUGUCACCCUUUGGUAUCCUAUACUACUGCUAAUUGAAUUAGUUUCACAGACUUCUAUGGUUAUUCUCUUCAAGAAUUUACCCAUAACAACGGCUUGUAUAUUCUGCAGUUUUAAGAUCAUUUGUUUUCGCUGGAAGUUGCCGCAAAUAAAGAAAAUUCAGAAAUUAUUGGAAGAGUUGGACAAAAAAGCAAUUAGCGAGGAGGAAUGCCAAUACUUUGAAACCAAAAUACGACGUGGCGCCAAUGUGGUAUUGAAAACAUUUUUGGUGUUCUAUUCAUCGACGAUAAUAAGCUCAACUGGCCUUAUUUUGCUGGGCAAUGAGAGGGAACUUCUCUAUCCUGCAUGGUUCCCGUACGAUGUGCAGGCAUCGGCUUUCAAUUAUUGGCUUAGUUUCUUAUAUCAGUCUAUUGGAGGCUGCUUUAUAGUCGUUCAAAAUCUGAUAAAUGAUACAUAUGUUCCAAUGACGUUGUGUGUGCUGUCUGGACAUGUUAAGAUGUUGGCCAUAAGAAUGAAUAAAAUGGAUAGUACGGAAACCCUAAUUGCUGGCAUCGAGGAUCAUAGAAAACUAAUUGAGAUCAUUGGAUUGUUACGUCAAACUUUGUCGUUGCCGCAACUUGGUCAAUUCAUUUCGAGUGGCAUUAAUCUAUCGACUGUACUACUAUAUAUUGUAUUCUUUGCCAAUAAUAUACUCGAUAUAGUUAUUUAUGUCGUUCACUUUUUGGCAAUUGCCUUGGAACUCUUUCCGGCAUGUUAUUAUGGCUCUGUAUUGACCAUGGAAUUCUACGAGUUAACCUACUCAAUAUUUUCCAGCGAUUGGAUAGGUAAAAACCGUGAAUACUGUAGGAGUUUAUUGAUCCUAAUGCAAUUGACGUUACGUGAAGUGACCAUCAAAGCUGGCGGCAUGGUCAUCAUCGGAAUGAAUGCAUUUUUCACCAAUAUGCGAAUGGCUUACUCUUUAUUCACGCUGGCAAUGACUUUCAAAUAA